GAUAUCACUUAUCAUUAUGUAUAACUAGAUUCAAUUUUCUCCAAUAUCUCAAACUAAUAACACUCAUUGAUGACCAUAUAUUUUAUGUGUUCAAUUCAUGCAAAUGGUAACAGAAAUUGAUCAUGACCAUACAAAGUUUUUUUUUUUGUCACGUCAAACAUGCAUGCCAUAUGUCAUGGUGUGAAUUAUCAUUGCACUAACAUGAAAUAUGCAUAUACCAUCGGUCAUGGUGUGAAUUAUGAAUUACAUAUAACAUAAAUUGAACAUGAAAUAUGCAUGCAGUUCGUCAUGGUGUGAAUGAUCAACAAGUUAACAUAAUGUUAGGAAUGAACGACAAUGAUUGUUCCCAAACAUUUACUCAUCCAAUUCCAUCACUUUCACUCCAUUGAUUCUCAACCCUGUAAGCAUGUCGAGCAUACAUACAAACGGCAAGCCGUCACCAGAGUACUUCAUCGGAGUCAAAUCGAUCAAGAUCAAUGGCAAAGCAAUUCUAUCGAAUAAAAGCUAUGUUAUCCAUAAACAAAAAUGGUCAUGGACGAACUAAAAUUAACACAAGUUAUUACCCAUACACAGCUCUGCACACUUCAAUAUACAAUUCCUUGGUCAAGGAGUUCACGAAAUGGAUAUGAUCACAGGGCACGAAAAGGGUCGGAGUCGUGGUACCGUUUGAGCCUUGAGGCAUGAUUUAACUCCACGGGCAUUUUCAGCACCCGGGUCGGGGCAAGUGUCCCUGUGAUCACCCUUGCGUUGAAGGACAGUAAGCUUUUUGGAGCAUGUUUGGAUCGAACUCGACGGUUGAAGUGAAGAAGAGUGUACCAGUUGGAGAAUGUCCUGUUGCAGUUUAAUGUUGCUGGGAAAAGGUUAGGGUCCGGUCCUACACUUUUGGGUGAUCGCACUAGUUGUGCCCACUUCUUCAACUUUACCUCCAAAGCGUAGUGACUAAAGGGUACUAUAUGUUAUCCCCGCGCCAUGGCUUGAUAGACAUCCACCGCAUCUCCAGUUAAAGGGAUAAAUAAGAAUCAAAUAAAAGAUAUGCGUAGCUUGAUGAGCAUGGUCAAUCUUUUCUAUAAAUUUAGAGGAUUGUAUUAUGUUUUGCUGUAUUUGUACAGGCAGAGCCACGGGUUGGGAGCAGGGGAUGCCAUUCUCGGAAAUCCCCUGUUUUUUAGUCUUAUUAGUUACGGACAGAUUCUUAACUCUAUAGACACAGCCAGCCAGCCAAAAUGGUGUCGUGUGGCCUAUCAGGCUGCCAUUGCCAUACCUCAACUUGCAAACUGAUCCAGCAACCCUAUGCAGGAAUGAUUUGAUUCUCUCUGACCCUUCCGCAUUGAACAUGAUUCCCAAUGUUUCCAGCUGUUGACCACAUGAUCCCAAGUCUCAAUAACCCAAAGUGGUUGUUAACGGGAAUAAAACAUGUGGAAAAAGUAGUAAUGCAUAUUGUUUAGUAUCAACUUGGUAUAUCUUAAUGGUUGAGAUGUGUGCCUACAAGCUGGCAUCUCCAUGGAAACCCCAAUAUAAAUACACACUAGUUCGGAAAGCCCGUGCUGCGCGGCGGGUUGCAAAAUGAACAUCUUGCGAUCUGAAUAAAUAACCAAUAACAAUUUGGAGAGAAUUCAGUAUAGCAUCUGACUGUGGAAGGGCAAAAUGCACUAAUAAAUGGAACAGAAGGGUUGUUUUUAACCUGCUAAUAAAGUAAUAACUAAAAUACUCAUAUCUUAUACAUACAGGAAGCAUCCACUCGUAGCAAGACCCAACUAAAUUCACAACCCGAGAAAAUUAUCCCAAGAACUGAAAAAAUAAAAAGAUUUACAUCAGUAUUUAACACAUACCCAAAAUGUACAAUUAUCAUGUGAAGGAAAUUUUAUCAGUAAGGAAUUGAAAGAAGAGCAUAUAGAUAGCCUGCACUGAAGAACAUUUGAAAGAACUUUAGUAGAUAGCGACAGAGCAAACAACUGCUGAAUUUUUUUAUAGCUCUAAUAGGAAGUAGAGAAGGGGGAGAGAUCUCAAUGAAUCUGCCUUUGAUAUGCACCUUCAAAUCCCUCAAUAUAACCCGUUUACUCAAUAGGCUCAUAUCUAUAAAAAAUCUGGAGGGCGACAAAACCUGAACCGCGAUAUCAAUGAAGGAAUCAUCUAAUUCAAUGAAUAAGGAAAACAAAGUCAAUGAAAAAUGGUUAGGCCAUUCAUCUUAUGAACCCAGAAACACAUGAUUUCUGGGCUGUGAAGUGCGAACAACUACAGUCAGAAAAACUUGAUAGAAUUUUUAAAAAGAUAGUAAAACAAAAUAAAACACCCAAAAGCAUUAAAAGGAGUACAAAUACUUGUAUUUUCUCUUUCUCACAACCAAAGAACAUAAUGAAACUCAAAAUUAGAGGCAACUAAACAGAAAGUAAACAAAUAGAUGAAACCAAGAGAUUGAUAGUGUCCCAAUGAUUGUGUUACACAAUAGUUUGAGAAAUAAGAUCUCAAAAGGGAUGGAAAUUAAGAGAGAUUGGAGUGACUCUUAACCUGAUACCAAACACUGAAUUAAUUAACUGGGAGGAAGGUAGGAUUAGAUGUUGAGCUAAGCGACUCAGUUCAUUACCAAGAAAAUGAAUUGGGUUGUAAUUCAUGACACAAGUUAACUCAAUUUCAAAACAGAACAUGAGAUUAGUAUUGAGUUGUAGAAAACCUUAGUGUUCCUUCUUAUUUCAUACCUAGCAAUGGUCGAGGGUGAAUCUGGGAGAUACAUCCUUCCACAAGCUACUGAAAUAUCACAGAAGAAAGGGAUAGCAGUAAAGAAAAAGGAAAGCAAAUCAAAUAACUUAUGUUUGUAAGAGUAUCACACCAAUUACAUAUAAAGUUACUCAGUUUCACUAUGAUAGGUUACAGUCAAGGUCUCAGACACCAUGGUGUGGAAGUGUUCUUCCCUAAAAUCAUGAAAAAGCGUAGAUUUCAGCUAUGAGCAUUGAAUCCUCUACCCUUCAAUAAAAAAUCAAACCAUACAUUGUUCAUAAGGCAUGAAAGGACUUUGAAAGUGUAGCUUUUACAGGAACAACGGUAAGAAUAUUCUAAAGAACUCUGUAAUCAAAUCCUCUGUGACAUUUCCAGACUUCUUGCGAAGAAGACUUCAUCUAUGAGCAUGGAAAAGAACAUAAUUGAAUCCAAACAUUUAAAAUAAGAACACCGCAAUGAGAACACAAAACUAUAAGUCUGAUUUGC